GACUUUUAUGCCGAUUUCACCGACAAUUCAUGAUCUUAUAAUUGGUUAUGCACAUAUUGUACUCUUUACAUGUUGCACUUCUCAUUGAUACAACUCAUUUUUUUCAGUUCUCUCUUAUUUAUGAUCUCUUUCCCCCAAAGAUUCAAAGAAAAUCAUGGUACAAUCAAAGAAGUUCAGAGGAGUCAGGCAACGCCAGUGGGGCUCUUGGGUAUCUGAAAUUCGCCAUCCUUUACUGAAGAGAAGGGUAUGGCUAGGCACAUUUGAGACUGCUGAGGCUGCAGCAAGAGCAUAUGAUCAAGCUGCGAUUCUAAUGAAUGGUCAAAAUGCCAAAACCAAUUUUCCUGUACCAAAGGUUACUACUCAAACUGCUGCUCAUCAACAAGGCAAAGAAAGUGAUACUGAUGAUCAGCAUGACUACUCUCCAUUUCCUUCCAAGGCUCUUUCAGAACUUCUCAACACAAAGCUUAGAAAGUGUUGCAAAGACUUGUCACCUUCACUUACCUGUCUUAGGCUUGACAAUGAUAAUUCUCAUAUUGGGGUGUGGCAAAAGCGUGCUGGAUCACAUUCAAACUCCAGUUGGGUGAUGAGGGUUGAGCUUGGCCUACAGAAGAAGACACAUCAAGUUUUGGAAGAUACAACAUCAAUCUCAUCAACAACUACUGUUCAAGUUGAAGCUACAAAUAGAAUUGGAAACGAUCAUGAUGAAGAUAGAGUUGCAAUGCAAAUGAUCGAAGAACUACUAAAUUGCAACUGUCCUUCUAGUUUGGUUAUCUAGAAUGGUCUUUAAUUAUGUCUGUCCUUGGUCAUCAGAAUAUAUAUAGCAAAUAUGUAAGGUAUAAGUACAUCUCUGCAUAUGCAAAUAAUUACUAAAUCCAAAUUUGCACUCA